CUCAAAUAUUUAUAGGUUAUACAUUAGUUUGUUUACGUUUAUUUAUGAUUACUUAAAAAACAAGAUUAACAUUUUUAAAUCAAUUUUGAAUUAAGUGUUAAGUGACUUCACUUGAAAAUGCAUCGCCGCGGUGGUAAACGCAUCCGUAUGGAUGACCCACCGCCUGAAUAUGAAAACCCGAUGACGCCCCAUUUAGAACAGGACCACUACGGAGGUAAUUACAUGCAACAAAGCAUGUACGGAGAUAGUUACGACCAUGGAAACACUUCUGGUGAUUUUGAGUCGCCACCUACUCCAGGUUUCAAAAGGGUAACAAGGUCUAAGGCAAGAGGAAUCAAUAACCCACCUCCAGCCCCAGUAAUUUCUCCCUCGUAUUCACCCACUAAUACUACAACUGGUACUACUGGACGAGGAAGAGGUAGAGGUAGGCCUCCAGGAAGGAAGAACACUAUAGGAGAGAUUAUACAUAGUAGGGAUGAUGAUGAUUCUUUAUAUCACAUAAUUAAAAACAGCAAACAUUCUUUAACCCACAUUGUUGAUGACUGGAUUGAGAGCUACAAAAUUAACAGAGAAGCUGCAUUAAUUUCUUUAAUGCAAUUUUUUAUUAAUGCAUCUGGAUGUAAAGGGCGGAUUACUCAGCAGAUGCAAGCUUCUAUGGAACAUGCUGCUAUUAUUCGAAAAAUGACUGAAGAAUUCGAUGAAGAAAGUGGAGAAUAUCCUUUAAUUAUGGCUGGGCAAACUUGGAAAAAGUUUAGACAAAAUUUUUGCGAAUUUGUACAAACAUUGGUGAAACAAUGCCAAUAUACUAUCAUAUAUGAUCAGUUUUUGAUGGAUAAUGUUAUUUCAUUGCUUACUGGUUUAUCAGAUUCACAAGUCAGAGCUUUUAGACACACGGCAACUUUAGGAGCAAUGAAACUUAUGACAGCUUUGGUGGAUGUUGCUCUUACUGUAUCUGUUAAUUUGGAUAACACUCAACGUCAAUAUGAGGCUGAACGUCAAAAAACUAGAGAGAAAAGAGCUAGUGAUCGUUUAGAAGCUCUGCUAGCUAAACGACAGGAACUUGAAGAAAAUAUGGAUGAAAUUAAGAAUAUGUUGACAUACAUGUUCAAGUCUGUAUUUGUACAUAGAUAUAGAGAUACAUUGCCAGAAAUUAGAGCGAUAGCAAUGACUGAAAUUGGUGUUUGGAUGCAUAAAUUCCAUGCUAACUUUUUGGAUGAUUCUUAUUUGAAGUAUAUAGGGUGGACCUUGCAUGAUAAGGUUGGUGAGGUACGUCUAAGAUGUUUGCAAGCUCUACAACCUCUAUACGCCAGCGAAGAACUAAAAGGAAAACUAGAACUAUUUACAAAUAAAUUCAAAGACCGUAUUGUUGCCAUGACACUUGACAAGGAGUACGAAGUUGCUGUACAAGCUGUCAGAUUGGUUAUUUCAAUUUUGAAACACCAUAAUGAAAUUUUAACGGAUAAAGAUUGUGAACAUGUGUAUGAAUUGGUGUACUCAUCUCACCGAGCCGUUGCACAAGCAGCUGGAGAAUUCUUGAAUGAGCGUCUCUUCCAACCCGGAGAUCUGGAUGCUGGAAAAACCAAACGAGGAAAACGUCGUUUACCCAACACGCCAUUCAUAAGAGACUUGGUGCAGUUCUUCAUAGAAUCCGAACUUCACGAACACGCUGCAUAUUUAGUAGACUCCCUUAUCGAGUCUAAUACUAUGAUGAAAGAUUGGGAAUGCAUGACCGAUCUUCUGUUGGAAGAUCCAGGUCCGCAUGAGGAGCCUUUGGAUAACAGACAGGAGACGAGUUUGAUUGAAAUUAUGGUUUGCUGUGUGAAACAGGCUGCGUCUGGAGAAGCUCCGGUGGGUAGAGGACCGACUAGGAAGAUGUCAUCAUUGAAGGAAGUUAAACAGGCCGGAGAAGACAAACAAAAGUUAACGGAACAUUUCAUAGUAACUUUGCCACCUUUACUUGACAAGUAUUCUGCCGAUCCAGAAAAAUUGGCCAAUUUAUUGAGCAUACCUCAGUAUUUCGACUUAGACCUCUAUACUAGUGGCAGGCAAGAAGGUUCACUCCAAGCACUUUUAGGCAAACUGAAAUAUAUCGUUCAAGUUCAUCAUGAACCAGAAGUUUUAGAAACUUUAGCUAAAACUCUAGAAACUCUGUGCACAGAAGGUCAUUCUAUCUUUACACGAUGCGACGUUGCCAGAUCUACAAUAAUUGACAUGAUUGUGGCCGCUUAUAGAGAAGCCAUAGACGAUUGGAGAAAUUUAUUACUCGGAGAAGAAACACCAAAUGCAGAUGAAGUAUUUAAUGUCGUUAGUACUCUAAAGAAGGUGUCUCUUUUUUACGCCUGUCAUAAUUUAAAUGGUUGGAGCUUGUGGAAUAGUAUGUUCCAGGAUAUUAAGGAUACCGAAUCACCUUUAUCGCACGAGGCUUUAAAAUACUGUUUGUGUUCGUGUUAUUACUUCCUACUGUGGGGUCUUAGAGAUCUUGAAGUUGCCGUUGAAGGAGGUGGACUGACACAUUCCGGCCUUCAAGACAUGAGAGAUAAAUUGGAUGAGUUUAUUGAGGCUUCGCAAAUGCUUAUUAGGUCAUCGCCGCAUAUUACCAUAAAGGAAGAGGCAUAUGUAGGACUCUGCGAUCUGCUCAUAGUUUUUAGUGAACAAUUACACAGUAGCUCACAAUCUUUAAGCGAAUUAGUCUGUAGUCCUGAUAAAAAUCUGCAGGCUCUGUUAAAUGAGUUCGUACAGACGUAUGUUUUCGUCCCGGAACAAGACGCCGAACACGACGAACUCCGUAUCGAAGGCCUACACAAACGCCGUAAUUUCUUAGCUGCCUUUUGUAAACUGAUUGUUUACAACAUCAUGCCGACCAAAGCAGGCGCCGACGUCUUCAAACACUACGUUAAAUAUUACAACGAGUACGGGGACAUUAUCAAGGCUACUUUAAGCAAGGCCAGGGAGAUAAAUAAGGUUAAUUGCGCUCUUACUAUGUGCCUAAGUUUGAACAUGAUGUUCAACGAGGUGCAGAGGCAGAGCGCCGGCAGAAAUACCAGGCAGCAUGAAGAAUUCUUCGCUUUGAAGGAAUUGGCCAAACGGUUCGCGUUGUCCUUUGGUUUGGACGCCGUUAAAAAUCGCGAAGCAAUUACGGCUCUGCAUAGAGCCGGUAUCAUUUUCGCCGUCACGGGUACCGAAAAUAUCACCGAAGAUCCGACUGGACCGCCUCCGAAUAUAUCGUUCCUAGAAAUUUUGACGGAAUUCACGAACAAGCUACUUAAACAAGAUAAACGAGUUGUUAUGGGGUUUUUGGAUAAAAGAAUUACUACAGGAAUGCCCAGCAGCAGAGGCGAAGACUGGCAACCGCUCCUCCUUUACAGAAAUUCCCUUCUUCACGGAGAGUCCGAUCAACUUCCCACAACCAGCAAAAGGGCGUAUGGCAGAAAAAGGCACAAGUCACCGGAUUCUGACAAUGAAGACGACAAUCUGUCAGAUCAAGACUUUCCCGGUAACUUGUAUGGAUAAGUUCAAAAUUCUUGGUGUAUUUGUUGAAUACUUAUGUUUUUAAUAUAAAGUGUAUUUUAAUAAUUUUAG